CUCGGCCUCAUGUCGGCCCCCUGGGGCAGAAGACCCCGAGAGUGGGUAAUCAGUUCCGACGCGCGGUAGCGUCAUAAUUUAUUUCGCACUAGCUCGUGCCCUCAGCGAUAACGGUGAUUAAUCAGCUCAGUCUGAAGCUUCCCCGAAGACUGGUUUUCAAAUACAGAAUUCGUUCAGGAACCUGGUCAAGGCCGAGGACCCGACAGUCAUAAUCUCCUCAUGAAUUCGCACCAACAGCAGCUCGUAUAACUACUGUUCCCGCUCCUCGUAUCAACCCCAAUUGUUUUUCUUCGAAUUCAAGCUUGGCUGCAUGGCCUGACUACCGUUGGAGUAACGUUUACCGCCACCACGCAACGCGAACUCUCCGAUUAUGUCGCUCGGUGAUCUCUCCGACCUCGAGAGAAGAGUUACUAUGGACUCGCGCCGUUCGACUAAUUCUUCCCCGCGCGAGCGGAGCGAUGACGAUAUCGGGCUGGAGCAGACGAAAUCCGAAGAUGCGACUUUUGCGCCUAUUGUCGCGCCGGAGGAACAACGCGAUAAGCAAAUUAAAAGGGAACGGUCUAAUGUAUCCCGCUCGCGCUCGCUAGAACGCUGUUGGUCUUUGAAUGAUGGUGUUAGUCUGGGAGGUCAUGGGUUUGAAGAAGAGCAGGCGGAUGAGGCCGCGGGGCAACAAAGACCUGGGGAUGAUGCUGGAUAUACGGUUUGUUGGGAUGCGAAUGAUCCUAUGAAUCCGCGAAAUAUGAGCAAGGCUAGGAGAUGGUUGAUUGUGAUCAUUGUGUCGUUGGGGUCGCUUUGUGUGACUUGUACGUCGUCCAUGUAUACCACGACGUAUGAGCAGUUGAUGAAGGAAUUUGGUUGCUCGCAAGAAGUUGCGACGCUGGGACUGUCAUUCUUCAUCUGGGGACUUGGAAUUGGCCCUCUAUUCCUGAGUCCUCUAUCUGAGUUCUAUGGUCGGCGCAAUAUCUACAUCGUGUCUUUCUCGCUCUUCUUGAUCUGGCUCAUCCCCUGCGCUGUCGCAAAGAACACCCAGACGAUGCUUGUGAGCCGAUUCUUCAACGGUCUGUCAGGAAGCGCGUUCUUGAGUGUUGCUGGUGGCACUGUUGGUGAUAUGUUUGAUCGACACGAACUUGCCUUCCCAAUGAUGCUUUACACCGCGAGUCCAUUCAUUGGACCCGAAGUCGGGCCACUGGUCGGUGGAUUUAUCAACUACUAUACUGGAUGGCGCUGGACCUUCUAUGUCCUCCUAAUUUGGACCGGCGUCCUACUAGUCUCGAUGAUCUUCCUCGUUCCAGAAACCUAUCACCCAGUGCUCUUGAGGCGCAAAGCCCAGAAACUCCGCCAGGAGACCGGAGACGACCGAUGGAAAGCGCCGAUCGAAAAGAUGCAGCGAUCAGUGGCGCAAACGAUCCUACGAUCCAUGUACCGCCCCAUUAUGCUCCUCACUAUGGAGCCAAUGUGCUUGAACCUCUGUGUGUUCUCCGCGAUCCUAUUGGGCAUCCUGUACCUUUUCUUCGGCGCGUUCCAAUUGGUCUUUAGAGAAGUCUAUGGCUUUGAUUUGUGGCAGCGGGGCCUUUGCUUUAUGGGUCUUUUUGUUGGUAUGGUCCUCGCGAUUCUUUCGGAUCCUAUUUGGCGUCGCAAUUAUCAACGAUUGGAACGGAAUUAUCAAAACGAGACGGACGGGGCAGAUGAAUUUCAGCCCGAGUGGCGGUUGCCUCCAGCGAUUCUGGGUGGCCCUUUGGUGACUGCCGGUCUGUUCAUCUUUGCCUGGACUACCUACCCCAAUGUCCAUUGGAUUGCACCCAUCAUUGGCAGUGCCCUCUUUGGCGCCGGAACAAUCCUGGUCUUUUCAGGUGUCUUUACAUUCCUGGUCGAUGCAUAUCCGACCUUUGCAGCGAGCGCGUUGGCAGCGAAUAGCUUCAUGCGGUCUAGCUUUGGAGGAAUCUUCCCCUUGUUCGGCAUACAGAUGUAUAACAACCUCGGAAUCCAUUGGGCGACGUCACUGUUAGCCUUUCUCACGCUGUUAAUGCUUCCUUUCCCGUACAUUUUCUUUCGCUACGGUGCUCGUAUUCGGAAGAAGAGUCGCUUCGCAACUUCUCAGAUGUAAGAUUGCACGCCGCGACUGAGAGAAUUCAAGGUCGCCGCUACAAGAUCUUAUUCUCGGCAUAAAAUAGAUUUCAUUCACCGUUCGCUCAUGUUGUGAACCGUACAUACAGUACUUGCUAAAAUAAUAUAUACAUAUUCGAAUCUGGACUCAAAUCUUGCUGCA